GCUAUUGUCUCCUCUUGUCUCUUCCCUAGUCGUUUUGUGUCUUUCUAACCUCUAGCAAGUGCUUCCUUCCUUCUGCGUAUCUUUCCGGCGGCGAUCGCCAUUGAUAGGAGCUUCACCAGUGAGACAUGAGUCAGCCAACGCAAUCAAUUGAUACAAGAGGGAAGCAUAGAAUUUUAGCCGAAUUAAAGAGGCUUGAACAAGAAACUAGAUUUGUUGAGCAGGAAGAGCUUGAGCAGCUUGAAAAGACCGAGAACGCAGCAGCUGCAUGCCAAGAGUUGCUGGGUAAUGUAGAAACAAAACCAGAUCCCCUUAUUCCAGAAACAAUUGGACCUGUGAAUCCAUCGUGGGAUCGUUGGUUUGAGGGACCCCAAGACUCAAAGGGCUGCAGUUGUUGGAUAUUCUGAUGUUUGCUGCUGUCAAGACUCGGGUCUCGGGUGUUUGCAUGAGAUCUUCAAUGUUCAUUGUUCGGAAAGAUAUCCUGUGAAAAUGCUGAUUGUUGUACAGAUUGAUAUAUCUUCUUUUCCUUUUCUAUGUAAUUCAAAAAUCUCUGCGUAUUUGUAAUACAAGCAGAUGGAAUUCUUUCUCUUUUAACAUAUUGUAAUCAAUUCUGAUACCAAAAGUGACUAUAUCACAAAAUCUUCUAUUUUCAAGUGUC